GCCGCAGCCGGAAAACCGCAGCGGCGGCGGCGGCGGCGGCGGCUGAGGGGGAGCGCCGGGGCCGGGCGGCAGGAGCCGGGAGGGGGGAAAAAAAAUUACAAGGACGUAACUGAUAAGGCAGGAGCUGAGGGCUUGGGAUUUGCGGCGACUCCCGGGCCACCGCCUUGGCCGUCAGCAGGGAGGAAGAGCCGGGAGGCGGCGCAAGCGGCGGCGGCGACGGAGGGCAGCGCUGAGGCGGCGGCCGGCGGCCUGCGAGCCGCAGUGAUUUUCCUUUUUUUUGACGUUUUCCUCAGCGUCGUCGGCCGCGCCGAGUGGGCCGCCGCCCCCGGAGCCCCUCGCGCCCCUCCGCCCCGCGGGGCCUGAGGGCUCGCCCGGCUCCGAGCGGAGGGGAGCGGGAGAGAGGGCGCGCGGGCCCCGCGAUGGCGGGGACAUUUUCCACAACGUGAUUGUGAAGGACUCCCCCGCCCCCCGCCCUUAAAAUUCCGGGCCCUUCCAGCCCCCACCCUCCCCCAGGCCCGUGUGACUAAACCGAGACAAAGAGGAGGCGGCCUCGCUCACACGCGCGCUCGCGGGGCGUGGGGCCCGGAGGGGCGCGGGGCGGGCGGGCGGACGGACGGACGGACGGACGCGGCGCCGCCACAUUCCUAUGCCCGGGAGCGGCGGCGGCGGCGGCGGCUCCCGCGGGCGGCGGCAGGCUCGCGGCGCGGACAGCUGAGCGUCUUCUCCCGCGUCGGCGGCCGGGCGGCCUCGCCCCGGCCCUGAUGGUCUGAGCGCGCCGCCCCUGCCCACCCCAGCCCUCCCCCGGACCCCCGCCGCGGCGAGGCCACACCAUGUGAAGGUGGGAGUCCGGACACCCCGAGGAGCCGCCGCCGGGAAAGAUGGGGGAUGCCGCGGACCCCCGGGAGCUGAAGAAGACGUUCAUUGUUCCAGCCAUCAAGCCCUUUGACCACUAUGAUUUCUCCAGGGCCAAAAUCGCCUGCAAUCUGGCCUGGCUGGUGGCCAAAGCCUUUGGAACAGGGUCUGAUUUGCCAGUGUCACCGUGUUGUAAAGAUCAUGUGUGAAAAUGAAUCUAACAGUGAAAAUGUGCCAGAGGAACUUCAAGAACCAUUUUACACAGAUCAGUAUGACCAGGAACACAUCAAACCACCUGUUGUUAAUUUGCUUCUAUCUGCUGAACUUUACUGUCGUGCUGGGAGUCUCAUUCUCAAGAGUGAUGCUGCAAAGCCCCUUUUGGGCCAUGAUGCUGUAAUGCAAGCCUUAGCACAGAAAGGUCUUUAUGUCACCGACCAGGAAAAGUUGGUAACUGAACGAGAUCUCCACAAGAAACCCAUACAGAUGAGUGCACAUUUGGCCAUGAUAGAUACUUUAAUGAUGGCUUACACUGUAGAAAUGGUCAGUAUAGAAAAAGUAAUUGCAUGUGCUCAGCAAUAUUCAACUUUCUUUCAAGCCACGGAUCUGCCCUACGAUAUCGAGGAUGCUGUCAUGUACUGGAUAAAUAAGGUAAAUGAACAUUUGAAAGACAUAAUGGAGCAAGAACAAAAAUUGAAGGAACAUCACACAAUUGAAGCUCCCGGAGGUCAAAAGUCUCCUUCCAAAUGGUUUUGGAAACUGGUUCCUGCUCGUUAUAGAAAAGAGCAAACCUUGCUUAAGCAGCUGCCUUGCAUUCCACUGGUAGAAAAUUUGCUGAAGGAUGGGACAGAUGGCUGUGCGCUGGCUGCCCUUAUUCAUUUUUACUGCCCCAGUGUUGUCAGAUUAGAGGAUAUUUGUUUGAAAGAAACUAUGUCUUUGGCUGAUAGCCUGUAUAAUCUCCAGCUGAUUCAAGAAUUUUGCCAAGAAUACUUGAACCAGUGUUGCCAUUUCACCCUGGAAGAUAUGCUCUAUGCUGCUUCAUCCAUAAAGAGUAAUUAUCUGGUGUUCAUGGCAGAACUCUUCUGGUGGUUUGAAGUUGUGAAGCCAUCAUUUGUGCAGCCUCGUGUUUUUCAUCCACAAGGAGCUGAACCUGUGACAGUUCCUGUCUUGAAUGCUGCCAAGAGAAAUGUUUUGGAUGGUUCAUGUAGUUCUGACUUCACUUCAAGUGGGGAAGGAGCUACAUAUACACAGUCUCAUCAUUUGCCUUCUAGAUAUUCACGUCCCCACGCUCACUCUUCAGCCUCAGGAGGAAUUAGAAGAUCUUCAUCCAUGUCCUAUGUUGAUGGCUUCAUAGGGACAUGGCCCAAAGAGAAAAGGUCAUCAGUACAUGGUGUUUCAUUUGAUAUUUCUUUUGAUAAAGAAGAUAGUGUACGGAGACCGACUCCCACCCGAGGAAUCACUCGAUCUAUUAGUAAUGAAGGACUUACUCUGAAUAACAGUCGCACGUCUAAACACAUUAGGAAGAACCUGUCCUUCAAGCCAGUAAAUGGAGAGGAGGAAGCAGAGAGCAUUGAAGAAGAAUUUAAUGUGGAGUCUCACAGUGACCUCAGGUCUUAUGUGCCCCUUAAUACAAAUGAACUAAAUUCUAAUGAGAACAUUCAUUACAGGCUUCCAAAUGGAGCUUUGCAAAAUAGAAUACUUCUAGAUGAGUUUGGCAAUCAGAUUGAGACACCAAGCAUUGAAGAAGCAUUACAGAUAAUUCAUGAUACCGAAAAAUCUCCCCGUACUCCUCAGCCAGACCAAAUUGCUAAUGGCUUCUUCCUUCAUAGCCAGGAAAUGAGUAUCCUAAAUUCAAAUAUCAGGCUAAAUCAAUCUAGUCCUGAUAAUGUAACUGAUACAAAAGGUGCCUUGAGUCCCAUAACUGACAAUACUGAAGUAGACACUGGAAUUCAUGUACCUUCAGAAGAUAUUCCUGAAACUAUGGAUGAAGAUUCUUCUUUGAGAGACUACACUGUAAGCUUGGACUCUGACAUGGAUGAUGCAUCUAAAUUUCUUCAGGAUUAUGACCUACGAACCAGCAACCCCAGAGAAGCUUUGAGUCCUUGCCCAAGCACUGUAAGUACCAAGUCUCAGCCAGGUAGCAGUGCUUCUUCUAGUUCUGGAGUGAAGAUGACCAGCUUUGCAGAACAGAAAUUCAAGAAAUUGAACCAUGCUGAUGGAAAAAGUAGUGGAAGCAGUUCUCAAAAAACUACACCAGAGGGCUCUGAACUUAACAUUCCUCAUGUAGUUGCUUGGGCACAAAUUCCAGAAGAAACGGGCCUUCCGCAAGGAAGGGACACUACCCAGUUGUUGGCUUCUGAAAUGGUACAUCUUAGGAUGAAACUAGAAGAAAAGAGACGUGCUAUAGAAGCCCAGAAAAAGAAAAUGGAAGCUGCUUUCACUAAACAGAGGCAGAAAAUGGGAAGGACAGCGUUCCUUACUGUGGUGAAAAAGAAGGGGGAUGGGAUUUCCCCUCUUCGUGAGGAAGCAGCUGGUGCAGAAGACGAGAAGGUGUAUACUGACCGAGCCAAAGAGAAGGAGCCACAGAAACCGAACGAACAAAGGAGCAAGUCUCUGGCAGAUAUAAAAGAAAGCAUGGAGAACCCUCAAGCAAAAUGGCUGAAGUCUCCAACCACACCUGUGGAUCCUGAGAAGCAAUGGAACCUGGCAAGCCCCUCAGAAGAAACUUUAAAUGAAGGAGAACUUUUAGAAUAUACAAAAUCCAUUGAAAAGUUAAAUUCAUCCCUGCAUUUUCUACAACAAGAAAUGCAACGCUUGUCACUUCAGCAGGAAAUGUUGAUGCAGAUGAGAGAGCAGCAAUCCUGGGUAAUUUCACCUCCUCAGCCCUCUCCACAGAAACAGCUUCGAGAUUUUAAACCUUCUCGGCAGACGGGCCUGGCAUCGACCAUGGCACCAUUCUCCUCAGACUCCCCUCGUCCCGCUCAUCCAUCACCACAGUCUUCUAACAGGAAAAGCACAUCUUUUUCUGUUAAAAAUCAAAGGACUCCUAGGCCAAAUGAAUUAAAAAUAACACCAUUGAAUCGCACCCUGACACCGCCACGAUCUGUGGAUAGUCUGCCUCGGUUAAGGAGGUUUUCCCCCAGUCAAGUUCCUAUUCAGACUAGGUCAUUUGUAUGUUUUGGGGAUGAUGGAGAACCUCAGCUAAAGGAAUCCAAACCUAAGGAGGAACUUAAGAAGGAGGAAUUGGAAUGCAAAGGGACUUCAGACCACCAUGAACAUAACCCAGAAGAAAAGGAGAUCAAGCCUUUGGAGUCUACGGUGUCUGAAGUCCUGUCACAGCCUAUCACAGAGACUGUAUGUCUGACACCAAAUGAGGACCAGUUGAAUCAACCCAUAGAACCACCUCCUAAACCCAUUUUCCCACCUACUGCUCCAAAGAAUGUUAAUCUGAUUGAAGUUUCCCUCUCAGAUUUGAAACCCCCUGAAAAGGCUGAUGUGUCUGUUGAAAAAUAUGAUGGCGAAAGUGAUAAAGAACAAUUUGAUGAUGACCAGAAAGUAUGCUGUGGAUUCUUUUUUAAGGAUGAUCAAAAAGCAGAAAAUGAUAUGGCAAUGAAACGGGCAGCUUUGUUGGAGAAACGAUUAAGAAGGGAGAAGGAAACUCAGCUCCGGAAACAGCAGCUAGAAGCAGAAAUGGAGCAUAAGAAAGAGGAAACAAGGCGUAAAACCGAGGAAGAACGUCAGAAGAAAGAAGAUGAGAGAGCACGCAGAGAAUUUAUUAGGCAGGAGUAUAUGAGGAGAAAACAACUGAAACUAAUGGAAGAUAUGGAUACAGUAAUCAAACCUCGUCCUCAAGUGACAAAACAAAAAAAGCAGCGGCCAAAAUCUAUUCACAGAGAUCAUAUUGAAUCCCCCAAAACACCAGUAAAAGGUCCUCCAGGAUCACGAAUUUAUCGUGUUUUUUCAGUCUCUAGCCUUUCUUUGGCAUCACUGAACACAGGCGAUAAUGAGAGUGUGCAUUCAGGCAAAAGGACACCAAGAUCAGAGUCUGUGGAGGGCUUCUUAUCUCCCAGUCGCUGUGGCAGUCGAAAUGGAGAAAAAGACUGGGAAAAUGCAUCAACGACUUCUUCAGUGGCUUCUGGGACAGAGUACACAGGACCAAAGCUCUACAAAGAACCCAGUGCGAAAUCCAAUAAGCACAUAAUUCAAAAUGCUUUAGCUCAUUGCUGUUUGGCUGGGAAAGUAAACGAAGGUCAGAAGAAAAAGAUACUGGAGGAAAUGGAGAAGUCAGAUGCCAACAACUUCUUAAUCUUGUUCCGGGAUUCAGGCUGCCAGUUCAGAUCUCUGUAUACUUACUGCCCAGAAACUGAAGAAAUCAAUAAACUGACCGGGAUAGGCCCUAAAUCGAUCACUAAAAAAAUGAUUGAGGGACUUUACAAAUAUAAUUCUGACAGGAAACAGUUCAGCCACAUACCUGCUAAAACAUUGUCUGCCAGUGUUGAUGCAAUUACUAUUCAUAGCCAUUUAUGGCAGACCAAAAGACCAGUAACACCCAAAAAACUCUUACCCACUAAGGCAUAGGAGCUGGGGAAUAUUUGCUUCAGAACAUUUGUGGUAAAUUUGCACUUCAUCUUUCCUGCCUAUAGAAAAUCUUUCUAAUUGCCAACAAGACUUUUAUUAAUAAAAACUGGACAUUAAGCUCUGUUGUCAAGAACAACUGGAAUUCUAAACCACAGUAUUUUGGAAUAUAGAAGAUUCUGGCUUAGGUGAAAAGGCCAAGAGAGGAAGGGGAAGUUUGGUUCACCAGUGGAGAUCUGGAUGUGCUAUGAGGCUCACCUGCUUGGUAUUACAUACAUCGAAGCACUGACUUUUCAUGGAUACCAAUUGGACUUAUGGUUGACAUGGCUAGGAUUACAGAUUAUGUGUUUUAUUUGUUUUCUAACCUUUUAAUGUACAUGCUUGUCUUCAGAUGGUCUGUUUUGUUAUUUUCUCUCCUGGGGGUUUAUUCUAAGUACCUUUGUAUUUUGUUUCAUGUGGAGAUCAUGAAAGUAGGAAAUAUACCUUCAGAAGUAAUUGCACCUUUUUAAUGAUGUUAAGAGAAACACUAGUGUUUAGUUUUACAAUAACCCUCAUGUUUAAGUGGUGUUAGAGCAUUUGCAAAAAUUAUUCUGCUGAGUAUUUACAACUCUAUAUUUAUUAUCACUCAAGUAUUAACGUUUCUGUAUUAAAUAAGAGGAGGUGUUGUGAAGAGCUGCUAGUAGGUUUGCUUUAAACCACAUGAGCUUAACCAAGAAUAUGCUGUCAGAAGUUGCUGAUUAAAUCAGUGCUGUUUUUAUGCCACUUCUGGCCAACUCAGAAUAAUUUAGAUUGUUCUUUUCACAAAAAAAGGCUUUCUAUCUCUUUUAAAGCAAGUCACUUUAUAAGCUGGUGGAAGUGAAUGACACUUUGAGAGUAGUCUUUCAGUCUGAAGAUGUAAGACUUCCUGAAGUAAGUUCUCAAGAGGUCUCUACAUUAUAUUUAUAAUAUAAAAGUAUAUUUAGAAUUUUUAAACAUGUCCAAAGGGCUACAUUUUAAUUUUAAGAUAGCUUCACAUUAUUUUACUUACAUUGGGUUCUUCUUUUUAAUCCUUUUCAAGUGGAGCAGCUUAGAUUAAGUACACACUUGAAUUCUCUUCUACAUGAUCCUUGUUCUUUAACAAUGUAUACCAGAGGGUUAGUUGGGGGAAAACUUCAUUCUCAGGAAAAGACUUGAAUGAUUAUGUGACCCUGUUCUGUUUCAGUGUUGUGACAGCUGUGUAAACUCGGGGAGAGACAGUGUUGUAUCAUAAAUGAGAUGUGUAGUUUGUUUUCUUUCAUGGAAAGUAGAGAUGAAAAUAUGUACAUUUCUCUAAUUGAGGUGUUUAGAGAGAGAACUAAUGUCUGAUAUGAUGUAUUUACUUAUUUAAAAAAAAAAAGAAUAGGAAUGAGAUGUCCCUGAGCUGUACUUUUCUAUUAUAAGGCCCGUAGGCAUCAUUGCAUCUGGGUUAUCAACAUUUUCUCAAAUGCUGUCAAUAUUUUACUGUAAUUUAUGUUCUUAUGUAUAUUUGUUAAAACUGUAAAAAAAAUUUCACAGAUUUUUUUCCAAUACCUGUGCAAGAUAUAUGUGUAGCUCAAAACUAUUUGUGAUCUGCUGUCUGCAUGUAAGAGACCAGGAUAUGUAACUCUUAUAUUUUAAGUGUAUACAUAUUGUGUAUAUAAUAUAUGAAUAUUGAAAUGGGGAAUAGCACAUUUUACCUUUCAGACACAACUUCUAUCACAAUUAGAAAGAAACAGUUGUCAGAUAUAUGUUUAGAUUAAGAUUAGUCUUAAAAAUCUAAUCAAAAUGUGGUAAAUAACAGUCAAAAAGAACAUAAUCAUCAUUUUACAUUACUUAAUUUGUUCAAUUAGUGUCCCUUAUCAAAGCAAUUUCUUUGAUAUUACUUGGCUAUUAAAUAAAGAAAAAUUGGAUGUAAGACAACGGAGGAGCUACUUAAAACUAAACAGGAGUAUCCUUUGUUCUUAAAUUGGGAUGUGUCCAGCAACUGAAUUGAAUGUCCAUAAUGUCUAAAGGUAGAAUGUGAAUAUUUCCACAAAGUUCAUUGCUCUCAGUAUAAGAUUUUACUUUAUUAAUGCAAAAGGAAUAUGGAUAUAUUUCUUUAACUCUGCAAAUUUUUUAUUAUGGUGCAGCUUUUUUUGAAUUAUGUUUUUAAAAUUAUACAAAUGAAAAAAAUAUGCCAUUUCAUGAAAUCAGGAUUUCCAUCAGCCUUCUGAAACACAUUGGUGCUUUCAUCACUGGAGGUCAAGUUGUUGAGAUAAUUAUUCAGUUAACUUGCCAAACACUUUUCAUGGUUCCCAGUGUAGCCUGUAAGAGUCUUCUAUUUGACACAGCCUUGGAAAGGUUUUCAUUCCUCUCAGUUUUUCACUUUUGUUUUAGGAUGACUGUUACAGUUUUUAUUUGGCUGUUUGAAGCCAGAUUCAGCUAUUGAAUUAUGAUUUCAUGGUCACUGUUGGGCAAUGUGCAGUGUAUGGUGUGCUUACCUGUCCACUUUAGAGCAUUGCUUACAGGUUUUUGUUUUUUUUUUUUAAGAUGCUGUGCUGUAAAAUACUGUCAGAUUUGCUAUUUCCUGGUACAGUGUAGUUUUUCCCCUUUCAUUUGAAUAAAAGCAUGGCACCAAAUGACUACUUUUCUGUUUCUUGCAUGAAAUGUAUUUUUUAUCAAAAUUAUUUGAGCUUGGGACAACUCAUAUAUUUUCCUAUCCCUUAAUCUUUUUAAAUUUAAUAAUUUGAAUAUUCAUACGAGGCAGUGUUAAAAAAUCUAACUUUCUGUGUUUCCCUUGCACAGUCUAUAUGGUAUGUGAAAUGUGCUCAUCUUACUUAAUUUUGUUUAUAUUAACUUGCUAUGCUUUGGUUAAGUAAAUUGUGCCGGAAUCAAUGCUCUACGUCUUUAAAAUUAAACAGCUAGUGAACUCACUAAUCUACAGAGCAAUAGGAAGCCAGUUCUUGAUCAUUUUUGUCUGAGUUUACUAUGAUUUUGCUGGUUAUAUUUAAACAGACCAGAACAGUUAAGAAGAAAGCAGUCUGAUAACAGCCAAGAAGAAUUAGAAUCGCCAUGCGUACUUACCUACCUCAGGAACUGUCUGCAGUUGCGAGGCCUAAGUGUGGUUCUCUGCCUGGGGACCUUUUGCUAGAACACUCAUGCUCCAGACUGAGCUACAUCUCCACAGUAUUUCUUCUAGUACUUUAAUUUGCAUUUUAAAAUUAUUUAUUUACUUGAGAGACCAGAGAGCAUACUGCCAUCUGCUGGAUCCCUCCCCUAAAUGUCUGUAGUAGCCAGGGACAAGCUUCCAGAGGUCUGGAAGGCCAUUCACGUCUCCCACAUGGAUGGCAGGCACCCAGUUACUAAGCCAUCAGUGCUGCCCCAGAAUGCGCAUUAGCAGGAGGCAGAGAUAGGUACUGCAGUCAAGUCAAGAGCUCUCCCCUUGUGCUUUAAUUUUCAAAAGCAUAUUCCAUGGAGUGGGUGUUUGGUGCAGUGGUAGACACUGCUUGAGAUGCCUGCAUUCUGUUUCAGAGUGACUGGACUUGAGACCUGGCUCCACUCCUGAUUCCAGCUUCCUGCUGAUGUACGCCCUGGGAGGCAACGGAUAAUGGGGUUAGGUGAUUUAGUCCCUGCCACCCAUGUGGGAAACCUGGUCUGGUUUUGGUCUGGCACAGCCGUGGCUAUUAGAGGCCUUUGGAGAGUGAACCAGUGGAUGGACAAUCUUGUGUCUCUCUGCCUUUCAAAAAAACUUCCUUGAUCUAGCAACUGAUGGUUCUUAACUAGGGUGAAGGAAAAUUAAUUUGUAGCAAACAGGAACCAGUGUCUUAUUUGAUAAGUGUCUGCACAAAAAGUUAACAGGGAAAAAAAAACAGAGAA